GGGGGGCAGAACCAAGUGAAGGUCUCUGUAUUGCACAAACCUCCCUUCUUUAUGGCACAACCCCAAUGUGGGCAGUAUCUAUCUUGAUGCUUGUCUAUCAUAUCUGGGAUUGCAUAAAUCCAAACAUGGCAGCAACAACUUCAAAGAGCGUAGAAGCUAUUAAAUCAACGAUCCUUUUCGUUGCUCCCUAUCUUACUCUAACGGUCUUUACAAUAUCAGCAGCAUUCUUGUCAAUUUUACAUCCAACUAGAGUCAACCGUGAUCGUCUCUUUUUCUACUGCUCCUUAGAUUAUAGUCCCUUUUCAGACGCCAUGCUGGGCUUUGUCAUCGUAACAUGCUUGGCAAUCCUCGCCAUUAAAGCACGACUUGCUGUCAUACUUUACCGAAAUUGGCGAGGUAUCCGCCACGCUGGUUAUGCAAGUAACAUAGACGUGCAGCUUAUCUUUCGAGUGCUCGUGUUUGGGGUAUACGUGUGCCUGGGCCUCAUAGUGAGCCUCUUAUCGAUCAGCAAUGCAAUGUCCGCCUUUCCUAAUAUGUUUGCCGCUACCAUUGGUAUAGUGAUUUCCCUGUUGUUUGGAACACAGCACGACGUGCUUCACGCAUGGUUUUAUUGGGUUCCUGUUCGCAUUCAUUUUGAGAAGAAAACUAUAUACUUCACACGGAAUUGGAGUCCAAAUUUCGAGAUAAUAAAGCCAAGCGUGGAUACCAGCAAGCCGUUGCCUGCAAUACCCGACAAAGUGCUCGUCAUAGGCCGCUCGAAUGAGCACGGUUUACGCUUGGAUAGCGAACGUGCCAUUCAGUCCAUUGCAUAGACAACUAGAACUCCUCGCAUCGAUCUCUCACUGUCGUUUCAUGGGGAUCAGGGAUCCCAGCCUAACUGUAUUCACUUUUCCCGUAUCUCUUACUGUUAUUAUUAUUCG